GUCAGUAGAUAAUUUGUGGUAAUUUUUUGCACGAUUUUUACUGGUGUGAAUAGUGAACAGGAAGGACAGGAAGGGAGAAACAUUCUGAAUGAUUUUGUACUUUAAUCGUUAUCUUUAUUCCAUUAUUAAUGACCUGCAUUAUUUUAAACGAAUUAAAAUCGAACGAAGUACGCGAGUGACGUGUACAAAUAAAAAAUAAAAUAGGUUUUGUAUUUUGGUGAAGAAUAUAAAAUUAUAUCAAAGUAUUGGAGAAAAGAAGAGCUGCCAACAACAAAAACUCAGCUGCUGCGACAUUGCUUGUGCGAAAACAAAGGAAACAUUUGGGAAGUAAAGCAAGCAAGAAAUCAAUAAAACUGACUAGCCGUAGAAAGGAUGAGUUUUAAAAAAUCCAGGAAUAAUAAAUAAUUAAAAGGAAAAUAUUUUAAUGCGAAGAAAUAAGCAAACCAAAAGCGAGUAUCAAACCAUAUUGAACUUAAUUACGGCUAAUACGGAAGUGUAGGUAUAUCUGCAAAACAGGACUACGUCCUUGCCAGAUGUGACACGUGUUUGAAUAGCAGCCGGGUCUGAAGUUGAGGAAAGUGAAAUAAUCGUUUAAAGUGGCAUUUUAUUUCGCUAUUGCAUGCAUUUUGUUUUUGUUGGUGGUGACGCAUCAUUGGACUUAGUGAUCGCAGGAAAAUAUAUAAGAACGUAGUUUUAAGUAUCACCUUUAGUUUAUUGUGCCUCUACGGACGGCAGGUGUCAAAUAAUAAAAUAGUGUCAAUGUCGUCCACCAAUCAACCAUUGGUACAAUUGGAAAAUGUCGACUUAAUUAGCACAUUAUCUGAAGAUGAAGCUGCAGCAGCUUCGGCGGCAGCAGGCACACAAGGAUUCGAUGCAGCUUUCGGGUCAAUGAACGCCAACAAGCUGGUAACGCAAGUAGAGAUAAAUACAAUUGGACUUAACAAAACAAAGAAGAAAAAGAAAAAAUCCAAAAAAAAGUCACGGCGAGAGCAAAUUUUGUUAUCAGUCGACGACGAUUCCGAUGAUGAUGAAGAAGCCGAUGCUGAUGAUGGUGAUAGAGGUGAAGACGGAGGAGAUGUCAAUGGGCAUCUUGCUAAUGCUCGUGGCAAAUCGGCCACUAUAUACCGCGAUGCAGACGGUGAUGAUGAAGAUGAUAAUGAAAUUACUGUCGGCAAUGGCAUCGCCAAUACCGAUGAGCAAGACUUUUUCAACUCGCUCAAUGGACACUCACAUCAUAGUCAACAACAGCAAAAUCGUCAAUACCAGCAGCAACAUAAGCAACGACAGCAAAGCCAGCUUACAACGCAAAAACAGCUUUUUUUGCUAGAAGAGAGCAUAGCACAUAACAAAAGCAAGACGCAUAGUUUCAUUUCGCUCUCACCUAACAAAUCGCCAAUGCUGAGUAAUGGACUUGUUACCAGUGCUGUCGCUCAGCAUCAACGUGUCAGUAGUGGUGACAGUCAAAGUGGAACUGGUACUGGUGACAGUCGCAGUAGUAGUAGCAGAGCGAGUAGCGCGAGCGGGAGUAAUCAUAGCGCACGCAGUACACCAAAAUAUGGCAGUAGAAGAGCAUCUCCAACGCAGCAAGCUGUUGUAAAUAACCGUUUGUCGCCAUUGUUGUCAUCAACACCACCGUCAGUGGCAGCAGCGUCACGUAAUUUUCAAACGAAGACCAAUCAGCUGGUCUCGCCAACGCUACAUCGACACUACGACAGCGCUGACGACGGUGACGAGAUCUGUCUAGUGCCAGAAGUUGAUUUCGAAGUCGGUUCCAUUAUGGAUACAGGCAGUGAUAAUCGGGAAUCGCAACCUUUGCUAGGUGGGCAUGGAUACGGAGGCCGCGAUCACAAUGAACUGGUGGUUAAUACAUUUAUGGAUGAUCCCGCAUUUAAUGAAGUUGUGAUCCAAGUGGAAGCGGCCAUUGCGGCGGGCGUUAUGCCAGAGCGUAUCUAUCAGGGCAGCAGUGGGUCAUAUUUUGUGAAGAAUGCAGCAGGGAAAAUCUUGGGUGUUUUCAAGCCGAAAGAUGAGGAACCCUACGGACGACUGAAUCCGAAAUGGACCAAGUGGAUGCAUAAAUUGUGCUGUCCUUGCUGCUUUGGACGCGCCUGUCUGAUACCGAACCAAGGCUACUUGUCGGAGGCUGGCGCCAGCCUGGUAGAUCGUAAACUAAAUUUGAAUAUUGUACCAAAGACCCGCGUUGUACGGCUAGUCGCCGAAACUUUUAACUACGCACGCAUUGAUCGGCAAAAGGCGAAACUAAAGCGGCGCAUCAAAGAACACUAUCCGUCAGCGCAUUUCAAUCGCAUGAGUUUGCCGCUUAAGACUGGUUCCUUUCAGCUUUUCGUUGAAGGCUACAAAGAUGCUGACUAUUGGUUGCGUCGCUUCGAACAAGAACCACUCAGUGUAAAACUUGGCGAAUCAUUUCAGCUACAAUUCGAACGGCUCGUUGUACUCGACUACAUUAUUCGUAACACAGAUCGUGGCAACGACAACUGGUUGAUACGUUAUGUGCGGCCUGCCGCCGAAGUGGGUGCUUCCAGCAAAGGCCUACGGUUCAGGUCAGUUGUUACACCUACCAAAGCAACCUCAGUUACAACAAAUGAAGAGCAAGCGAAAGAAAAACAAGCGCUGCAAAGCAAUGGUGGUAUUGAAGUAGUUAAAAAAUCGACGGGUGCACAACAGGCAGAAAAUGAAUUAGUGAUGUCAGCGAAAACAGACGACAUGAAACAAGAUGUAACAUUUGAGCAAAAUGAGGGGGAUAGAAACAAUCCAAACAAUCCAUCUACUAGCAAAAAUAGUGAUGAGUCGGCGGAAGGUAAGAUCUUGCUUGCGGCAAUCGAUAAUGGGUUGGCCUUUCCAUUCAAACAUCCCGAUUCGUGGCGUGCAUAUCCGUAUCAUUGGGCGUGGUUGCCGCAAGCGAAAGUGCCAUUUAGUGAGAAGACGAAAAACCAUGUGCUGCCAUUAUUGUCCGAUAUGAAUUAUGUGGAGGAAAUUUGCACCGAUUUAUUUUACUUAUUUCAGCAAGAUAAGGGCUUCGAUAGACGGCUCUUUGAACGUCAAAUGUCUGUGAUGCGUGGUCAGAUUUUGAAUUUAACACAAGCGCUUAAAGAUGGAAAAUCGCCUGUGCAGUUGGUGCAGAUGCCGGCGGUGGUGGUGGAAAGGUCACGCGGUCAAAAUAGUCGCUUCUUUUCGUUUACGCAACGCUUUCAAAAUAAGAGUCCUUUCUUUUCGUGGUGCUAACAUGAGCGCAACAAGAACUCCGAUAAACAUUACAACAAAAGCAGCCGGAACUAUAAGAAAAUGGAUUGAACCGACGACGCAUCUAAUAAAAGCAGAGGCAGAGAGACGGCGCAUUAAAAGAGGGAAAAGUUAUUUCAAUGCAUCGGCGUUGCAUCGUCUAUUUUCAUGUCUAAAAUAUGAUCUUGACAAUGACCUGAGCCAACUACUUUAUGAUGUAUCUGUCUGAGAUUGUGGAAUUUAACUAUCGCAUAAUUGUUUGUUCGUCUUUGUAAUGGCUGUCGUUCAGCGACGAGUAUCUCCGAUAAUGGUAACACCUCACAGGAAGCGCAUUGUUUUCCAAAAUGAAAUAGUAACUGUUAACGUAUACAUAUGUAUGAGUAUAUGAGUACACAAUAUGUGCGUAUGUAAAACUAAACGGUCCAUACAUUUCGACGCCUUUUAGUGACCAUUUCGGCAUACUUACAUACACACAGAAGUAACACAAAGAACAUGCAUACACACCCUCGUAUUUAUCGUUUGUUUUAUUAGUUUGUAGUUUUAUAUUAGUAAUACUGUGUAUAAUGCUAUGUGUAAAGCAAAAUAUUUUCACAUAAAUUUUUGUAUACUUUCAUAAAUUUGCCUAACUUGAAUUUGAAAUUGUUGUAAUUUUAUAAUAGCUCUAUGCUGCAUAAUGUUAUUUACUUAUUAAUGAAAGAAAGCUAACGUUUAUAUACGUAUUAUAUACAUAUAGCUGCUCACAUUUAUACAUACAUCCAUCUUCCGAUAUUCACCAGCAAGCAAUAUUUUCACAUUGAAAAUAUAACUCGUCUAUGGAAACCGAAUAUCGUAAAGAGAAAUUAUAUGCAAAGUGAAAUUUCUAAUUAAUGUGGGAAUAUCAGACAUAGUUUUGUGCAUCUUCAUUCCAACAACAAUAAAAAUCAAAGUAAAAAGUAUGUGCUGCAAAAUUUUAUUUUACAUAAGAAAUAAAAAAUUUGUCCAAAGUCGCGAUCUCCCUCCUCUUAACUACAUAGGCAACCGGAACUCGCGCUCCUGCAUAUGUGUAAGAUUUAAAAAAAUAUUAUAAAGCAUAUAAAUCACAUUCAUUCAUAUCCGCAAUUGCAUAAAUACAUAUACAUACAUACAUAUAAAAAAAAAAAUCAUAUAUAUAUUAGUAUAAAUGAAAGUAAUGGGAUUGUUUAAUGCUAAAAUCCAACCCAAAUCAAUCUAUUCAAUGAUGUAAUCGAGUACACCGAUACGUUUACGAUGUUUAAUGCAAUUAGGUAGGCAAAACUAAAAUAAAAAAUAAUAUAUUAAAAUAACGUCUGUGUAUAUAAUUCUUAAACUGGAAUUUCACCUAACGCUCUUUAGUUGAUAUUUGAGCAAACAAAAAAAAAAAAACUGAUAAAUAUAAAAGAAAUUAUUGAAUAUUUACUGCAACUAACACUUGGAUGCA